UUGGAUCCACCUGAUGCUUCCUCCGCCUCCACUUAGCGCUGCGCCUCCAGCAGCAGCAGCAGCAGCAGCAGCAGCAGCUUCUCCAGGAACGAUCCACCGCCUCAUUAUCAGUGAAAUCUCUCUUAUAAGUCACUGAAUUAGGGAAAAUGUUUGAAGUUUCGAUGCGAGUCUUUGUGUCUCAGAUGAGCUCCUCGUUCCAUUCAUGAUUUCCGGAUCCCUCGGAUUCAGGUUGGAACCAGUGGAGCUGAUCUACUGACUGGACGCGUAAAAUCGAGCUCGUCGCUGGAAUAAGAUGCAGAGCGAGAAGGCGUCCUUGCAGAAGUCUCAUGCGACCAACCAGAUGUGACCUGCAGCUACCAGGUUGGGAAGAAGUGACUAAUGUGACCCCUGGACCUUUCUGCUGGGCAUCAUGGGAUGUGGCACCUCUGUUGCCACGGAAACACAAGGGAAAAGAGUGGAGAGAGAUGAAGCAGUUCAGACUCCCGGUCCUGCUCUGACGAUGAAGGCAGCUGUUCUGAUCCAGCGAUGGUACCGGCGCUACAUGGCCCGACUGGAGAUGAGACGCAGAUACACCUGGAACAUCUUUCAGUCGAUUGAAUACGCCGGCGAACAAGACCAGCUACAGCUUUCGAGUUUCUUCAGUUUCAUGCUGGACAACUUCACCCAGCUGAAUGGAAACGGACCAGACCUGAUCUCCCAGCUGCUGGACCCAGUGGUCGACCCCUGGUUAGACAGAGAGAUCUGCUACAGCCUGAUCCUCGUCCCAGAGUCUUAUUCUGGACCCCGACUGUCGUUUCCCCUCUCUGUGUCUGACACGAACGCUCUCCUCGCUGCUUUCAAGGAACAGCAGACUCUUCAUGCCAGAUACGUCCUGCAGCUGCUGUACGAGACCAAAAAGCUUCUCAAACAGAUGCCAAACAUCAUCCACCUGUCAACAUCCUACACCAAAGAGAUCACUAUAUGUGGUGAUCUGCAUGGCCGGCUUGAUGACUUGCUACUCAUAUUUUAUAAGAAUGGCCUUCCCUCUGCAGAGACGCCUUACGUGUUUAAUGGGGAUUUCGUGGAUCGUGGGAAGAAGUCGGUAGAAGUGGUCAUCCUCCUGUUCGCCUACCUGCUACUUUACCCAGACAACAUGCACCUGAACCGAGGAAACCACGAAGACUACAUAAUGAACCUCAGAUAUGGCUUCACAAAGGAGGUCAUGCAGAAAUACAAGACUCAUGGCCAGGAGAUCCUCCAGCUGUUUCAGGACGUUUUCAGCCUUUUGCCGGUUGCGACGGUCAUCGAUGGAAAGAUCCUGAUUGUUCACGGAGGGAUUUCAGACCAGACUAACCUGGAUUUCCUCAGCUCCAUAGAGAGACACAAGGUGAAAUCUGCCCUGAGAUUUCCCAAACGCAGUUUGGAGCAGCUGGACAUCGGUCAGUCAUGCAGACUCACAAAAAGACUGAGAUUGACAGACGGAUCUCGUCCCAGCAGCAGUCGAAGCCACAGCAAGAACCAAAGAACCCAGAACCAGAGGAAGAGGCGAUGCGGACUCAGCCGACAAGACAGCGUUGCCUCCACUUCUUCCUCCUUAUCAUCAUCCUCCUCUUCCUCUUCGCUCUGCUCUCCUCGAACUCCGUCCUGCAUCUCACCUCGUCCUUGUCCGUCUUCUCCCAGCAUUCCUUAUUCCAUCAACGUCCUACAAGUGCCUUUCCUGGACUCUCUCACCUCUGUUCCCCUUCCGUCGCCGCCACAAAAUGAACAGGAGUGGAAACAGAUCGUGGAUGUUUUGUGGAGCGAUCCUAAGAUCCAAGAAGGCUGCAGCCCCAACACAUUCAGAGGCGGAGGAUGUUACUUCGGCCCUGACGUCACGCAAAGGCUGCUGCUCCAACACGGACUCCAGCUGCUGAUCCGCUCUCAUGAGUGCAAACAGGAGGGAUAUGAGCUCUGUCAUGGUGGACAGGUGAUCACCAUCUUUUCAGCAUCAAACUAUUAUGAGGAGGGAAGCAACCGUGGCGCUUACAUCAAAGUGGGCAGAGAACUGGUUCCCCGCUUCUACCAGUACCAAGUCAGCCGCACGACUCGCAAACUCACCCUGACGCAGAGAGUACGAGCUGCUGAAGGUUCUGCUCUCAGGGCUUUAAAGGAGAAGCUGUUCGCUCAUCGCUCUGAGCUGAUGUGUGGCUUCCAGGAGUACGACCAGAAUUACACCGGCAGAGUGUCGGUCAGUGAGUGGGCUCUGGUGUUGGAGGCUGUACUGAGACUGGACCUGCCCUGGAGGACGCUUCGUCCACAUUUAGCCCGACUGGCACCGGAUGGCAGCGUGGAGUAUCAGUCCUGCUUCGAAGACAUGGGACCAGGAAUUCCUCUACCUCAGGUGACUUCGAACUUGGCUGAAACUCUGUUCAGAUACCGGACAGACAUUGAGAUAAUAUUCAACAUCAUAGACAAAGAUCACUCAGGUCUCAUCUCCAUCGAGGAGUUUCGUCACACCUGGCGCCUUUUCAGUGCUCACCUGGGGGUUGCCAUCGACGACAGCGCCAUCGACGACUUGGCCCGAAGCAUCGACUUCAACAAGGACGGCAGCAUAGACUUCACCGAGUUCCUGGAGGCCUUCAGAGUGGUGCACAAACUGGACAGCAAGGAUCCGCAUCUGAGCGAAAAGAUGAGUCGAAAGAAGUAUUCAUGAAGGAAACAGUCUGAGGAUUAAACUGUGCAAGUAACUAAUGGAAGAUGGAAAGUAAGAAAGCAUGGAUAAGAUUAAAUACCUUUGUGUUUUUUAAUCGUUAAAGGAAAAUUACACCUGUAAACACUUGAUGACUAUAAAAUUACAGAUGAUUUGAAGCACCUUGUAGCUUAUGUUUAUUGGUGCAUUUUGUCAAUUGUGUUUUUAGCCACGCUAAAUCGGUAAAUAAUCAGUAGGUUGGUUUCAAAGUGAAAUGAAUGUCUUUUGAUGUAGCACUAUCAGCUGGUUUUGGGGUCUUUGAAAACAUCCUUAUUGGAUUAUCAUUGAAACUGGUAGCAUUUCCAAGAACUGUGUUGGCACAAGAUAGAUGUGCUGAAAGUAGAGGUGCGUAGGAUGUCACAGACCCACACAGUGUAGGAAAUGUAUCCUUAAAAAGUGCUAGAAAAUGUCCACUAUAAUCUGAAGCAGGUCUUGAGACUAGGUACAACUUGAUUUAGUGCAGAUGUGGCUUCUCAGAGCAGCAGAGGACUAGUCCCUGAUACAAAUUUACCUAGUAUUAGAUUUUUUUCUUUUUUGUGAGUAUUUUUGGGCAUUUUCCACCUUUUAUUAGACAGGUACAGUGGAGAAAUGGAGGAAUUGUCAUAGACUGAUGAAUAAAGGAUUAAAAUGGAGGUCAUUUUAAGAAGAAAGAAAACAAAAAGGUGAACUUUCAUCAAAAAGCUGGUACAAAACAACACACAAUCUAUAUCAAAAGCACAUGGAGCUGGCAAAGAGUAAGUUAAAAAAAAAAUCUAAAAUUUCAAUAUUUUAGGGUAUAUUUUAUGAUUUUUUAAAAAAAAUGUUGCCGUUGUUAAUGUUAACAAAUAGAAAAUGUAAGCAGAAUUGGCAAAUUAUUAUGGAUUUGCUGAAGAAUGCACAUCAGUAAAAUUGAAAUUGAAAUGGAUGGGCUGUAUUUACCAUCCUCCCUUUUUUACAGUGAUUUUUACACCUUUAACUACGACCUCAGUAAUAAACACAUCAUUUAUUUUACACAUUUCUCACAACAGCAACAAAAACUAAACAUUACCACCAUAAAUGUAGAAUAUAUGACAAACCUGGCUUAUUUGAUUGCACUAGAUUGGACAGAUGCACCUAAUAAAGUGAUUGUAUGUAGUAUUACUGUUGUACUGAUAACCAAAACUAGAAAUGCACUGCUGCGAUGUGCUCAACUGCUCCCCAAAAAGAAAUAAAAUGCCCUUUUUUGCAACAAAUUCUGUGCGUAUUUUGAGUGUGUGUCACAGUGCGAGGAUGUGUGUUUAUACGCUGCUUCACUCUGGCAUCCUGCCCACUAUAAUUAACGGUGAGAGCAGUUAAACAGGCCCAGGCAUCCUGUCAGCCCGAGGAAAUAAUGGGUUCCAAUUUUACUGAAGGCGUCAGCAGCGCACACUGCAAAGACUCAAAAUAUAACCAAGUCUAUUUGUCUUAUUUUUAGUCAAAAUGUCUCAUCACACUUGAUUUAAGAUAAAUUCACUUAACAAGACACAUUUCAGCAAGAUGAAGGGACUUGUUUUAAGACAGUGCAUCUUAAAUAUCUUGUUAAGUCAAACAAUCUUGAAAUUAUCUUGUUUUGAGUUGUAUUUUAAAGAAAACUCAAAAUAAGUUUAAUACAUCUCAGAUUAGGAGGUUACAUGAGAGCAAAAAUCUAUUUUUGAGUGAAAAACUGCUAUUUUUUUUUUUUUUUUAGCAUAUCUGGCUUAUUUUAAGACACCUAAGCUUGACAAUCCUGGUAAAAUAGAGCUUAAAAUAAGUUUUCCCAGCAAAUUAUAAGAUCUCAAUAUUCUAAAUAUCGUAUCUUAUUUCAAGAAAUCUUACCAAGCCAUUUUUCACUUGUUCUAUUGGCAGAUUUUAUCACUUAUUUCAAGGUAAAAGUUCCUUGAAAUAAGUUUUUUUUUUCUUGUUUUGAGAGGGGCAUUUUUUCCAGUGCACACACAUUUUACACAUGAAGUGCACACAAACAUACACUACAGUGGAGAGAGGCCACAGAAGAGCAUUCUGGGAGACUAACAGGAUGUAAACCAGCUGUUUUAGUGCCAAAGCUUCUACAUCUGAGUCCAUGAUGUCACUUGAUAGAUUAAAACAAGCAGAAUUGUAGCUAUUUCCAAUAAAGCAGGUACAAAGAGCAUCUCUCCUGAUACCUUUCCAUCCAUCUGUCAGAGUGUUUAGCAUCUCCUCCUCCCUUCCUUCCUCCCCUCUAGUAAUCCCAGACCACAUCUCUCCUCCCCUCGUUUCUCAGCUUCCCCUAAUCUUCCCACUUUUGCUCUCCAACUUCUCCUCCCAUCCCGUCAUCUUCCAAACUCUACACAUCAACACACUUUCACAUGGGGCUCCUUUCAGCAGCGCUCACUCUGGUUUGCAUCUUCGCUCCAGGUACUUCCUCAAGUUAAGGUUUGUUGUUAAGAGCCGUUUUCAGGUAUUCAUAGUUGGAACUGUCCACAGUGUAUGGAGCUGAGUGAUGCGGUGGGUUUAGACAGCUGGAAAAUGGGCAGAUGUUCUUCCGUUACGGUGGACUGCUGGUGAUUUUCCGCUGUCAUCCUGGUUUCAAGCUGCACGGAUACAAAACCAACAGCUGUGGGUCUGGACACUGGACCCGGGAACCUGCAGUGUGUGUCGGUUCUGGCUGCUCCAAUCCGGGGCCUCUAACUCAUGGGACCAGCAGCAUGAAUGAAGACGUCUCCUGGGCUGUGUUCAGCUGUAAUGGUGGCUUCAGGUUACAUGGGCCUUCAAUGCUAUACUGUGAGGGCCACACCUGGAACAGCACAAAGCCUGUUUGCAAAGGUUUCCCAGAGACUAUGGGUUGAGGAGGAAUUGGAAGUUUGUCGGCUUAGACCUGGUGUCAUUCCAUCAGUGUUAAACUUCCCGGAUCAUCUUGGAAGAGUACGUGCCAGAAAGACCACGACCAAUCAGCCUUGAGAUCUUAGGCAGCGUCUCCCUGAGGUCCCUCUCUAUCUCCCCACACAUCCACCAACCACUGGAACACAUCUCCAAAGUUCUGCUGGACCAGCUCAGCUUCCCCUCAGAAGAAGUGCCGCCACCUUCCAGAUGAAGGAGCCUUUUGAGAGGCAGCUGGCAUCAUGAUUGGACUGUACUUUGGUCUGUUCCAAUCCAGCUUCAGCUCCAGAGACGGCAGGCGGGACGAGUCAACGGAGGCCUGGUGGACGAAGGCAUGCAGCUGAGUACAAUCCAGAAAACAACAGAGGAGGAGUGCAGGGCCAGAACAACCAGAGUAGCAUCGUAUGUCUCUUAGAAAACAUCAUAGUAUAGCCUUUGGGAUGAAAAAAGCGCCAUCAUAUACAUCGUAUAUUGUACAAAUAACAAGUCAAAGGAAAGAGACAUACAUUGUAGAAUUGUAGUAAUUGUGGGCUGACUGAUUUACUGAUUAUCAGUAUUUUAUUUUUUACUGAUUUACGGUAAUAAAUACAUUUAAAAAUGGU